AUGUCUCUGUCUCUGAAGGAGAAGAAGGGGAAAUCUCUGGAGGAGACGAUGAUGCUGAGUAAAAUCAAGGAACUCGAGCGAGAGAUGAAGAAGCUGCUGCAGGAGAAGACAGAUCUCAACAAGCAGCUCGGCAUCAAGGAGGAGGACAUGAAGAAGUUGGAGGGGCGACUGCAGCAUGCACAGUCCGACCGCACCGCUCUCAUUGCCAAGGUGGCCACGCUUGAGAAGGACAUAAAGGAUGUCAACAAGAGCAACUCUGUACUGAAGAAUAAGGUGACUGUGGCAGAGGGCAAGAAGAAAGAUGAAAACUUACAGGCUGAACUGACAGAUGCCAGGAAGAAGCUGGAGAAGAAAGACAAGGAGAUAAGUGGCCUGAAACAUGCCAUGGAGGAGGCUGUCUCCCUGCUGAUGCGGGACCUCCGAGAGGUGACGUGCGUGGCAGACAAACUCAACAACAAAGUGUCCGAACUGGAACGAAGCUUUGAGGAUGAAAAAGAUCACGAUUCCACAGAAAAUGCAAAGGAGCGGAGAUCGGUGGCAGAAGGGAAGGGUGACCUUGACCUCUUCGAGAAGGUCAACAAGGCAAGAGAUGACACACAGAAAAUCAAGCGGUCCCUUCAUGAGAUCCGAGUGACAACAGAGAGGAAGGUGCAUGAGAUGAAGGUGCGGAUGCGAGAGAAGUACGAAGGUGCAAUGGCUAAGCUGGAGCAGCUGGCAGAGGAUCUGCAGCGUAAGGAUGACAACCUGGAGAGUUCCAAGACCUGCGGCGAGGCCCUGCAAACAUACAGAGAUGCUCUGAGGGCCCAGAACAAAGGUCUGCAGCUGACCGUGAGUCGUCUCCGGAUGGAACAAUGGGAGUGUGAAGACACCAUCAGCUCCUGCUAUGCCCUAGAGAGUGUUGCUAAGAAGUCUCCUCGCAGGAAGGAAGCAAGACGUUCUCCUGAACCCUACAGACGUCGCAGAUAUGAGUCGUCAUCUCCAUCGGACUCUGACGCCCAUCAAGAGCCUGUGCGAAGACACUCCUACAGAGGGGAAACUACGUCCAGGAAUCCACCUUCACAAAGAUCUAGAGAAAUAUCGCAAAUCUCCAGGAAAGAUUCAAGAUCACAUCUGGAUCGUUCGCCUGCGCGAAGCUCAUCUUAUAGAUCAUCCUAUAGAGACUCAAGUCGUCGUUCAUCCUUGGAGCGAGAAAUGUCUUAA